CGUUUGUAAACAAAUAAAUAAUCACGCCGUGAUAUGGUGUAUCAAAUCUUAACUUUUGAUCUUUCCAGGUUAAAUAAUUAAAGCAAUGGCAGAAUUUCUUGAAGCGAUAUUUAACUGUGAUAUAAAAAAACUAAAGAACCUCUUUGACAAUGGUUAUGACAUUAACUGCACAAUACCUGGUACAGAUGGUUGUACACCUUUACACAUUGCAGUUGGCAUUGAAAUUCCUCAAGGGAAAGAACAGAUGCUUUCUUAUUUGUUAGAAAUGGGAGCAGAUCCCAAUGCCAGGUCACAUGAUGCACUAACUCCAGUGCAUAUAGCAGCAAUGUGGAACAAUUGCCAAGAGUUAGAACUGCUGUUGAAAAGAAGAGGAAAUCCAUGGUUAACAGAUAAUGAAAACAAAAAUUCAUUUGAUUUAGCAAUAGAUAAUAAUGCUUAUGAAGCGUAUCAAUUAUUAAACAAGUAUCUUUCAGAAGAUAAGUUAAAUUUCAACACCAAAAAGAAUUCAAAUAAUAAUGCUGUGCCACCACAUUUUAACAAAAGUUUAAGAAAUGAAAAAGUGGAAUGUAAAUCAAAGGGUCCUUAUUUUUGUACAGCUAAUGAUAACUUUCCCUUGUUAUUGAGUUCAACUGAAGAUGACAGUGACUUUGCAAUUAAUGUCAGUAAAUUCUUAAAACGAAAAACAAUGGUAAAGUUAGGAAGUGAAGGUAAUAAGUUAGGACACAAAGAGACUGAAAAAAUAGAUAGUCUAGAAAAUCAUACUUCAGACAUUAGAAACAAAAUUAAUACUUCACUGGGUAGUUAUGGAAAAUUAAGUGAAGCCUCAUGUAUGGAGAUUGAAAAUUCAGAUACCUCAGUAAUAAAUGACUUUGAAGCUUCACUUGUGGAAAUUGAAAAUUCAGAUACUUCAGUAAUAAAUUACUUUUCUGAAAAUGAUUCCUCUGAAACAAUUAUUCCAAGUGACUGUGAAAGUGAUAUAGUUUUAGUUGAAAAAUAUGUGGAUAUUUCUUCUCUGAGAGAUUCCAUUAAAAAUGCAGAUGUCUCUACUUGUAGUAUGGCAAGUGAUUGGAAAGCCUGCCAAACUAGUAGCAGUAAAAUUUUAUCUCAAAGUAACUGUUUAUCACAUUCUACAUCAGCAUUUCAAAUAGCUCCUGAACUUGAAAAAUAUAGCAAUUCAAAAAUAUUCCAAGAACUGAAAAUCCUAGGUGAUGACCCUGGUCCAGUGUUGGAUCACACAAGACAAGUAUAUCUACGUCGACUGACUAUGCUUAAAUCUGGUUGUAAAGAGAAAUGCAAUUUACCUAAACCAAAAUACUGCCCAGAGAUGUAUUUUUUUAUGGAAGGCACACUUGAUAUAAUUCGAAUUCAAAACAUGGAAAAUAUUCUGGCACAAGAAUUUGAUGAUUCUCAUUCAGAAAAGAAAUGGCGAGAAGGAAAUCAAAGAUGCUGUUUCAAUUAUUUUUUACUGGAUCCUCGAGUAACACAAAAUCUUCCAAACAGAUCACUUCAUCUACCACCUGAGAAAUCUUUUCUCAUUUUUAUUGACUCACUAUUUUAUGUUGGAAAAGGUACUAGAGGAAGACCUUAUAGCCAUCUCUUUGAAGCAGCUAAAGCAAUGACUAAUCCAAGUUUGGUAAGGAAAAAUAAAGUACUUAUUGCAAUAUAAAUAAGAAAAGCAAUU